AUGUUUCAAACAUUUUCACUGCAUGUAACUUUCCCACAGAAAAGGCAACCAUCGAUAAACUGGAAAGUAUAUGAAGAACCACAAUGCCAGGACUGUUCUUCUCUUUUGGAAGUAUCCCAUCUAACUGAUUCAUGUAAGGCAACCUUUCAUGCAUCAGUUGGUGAAUUGUUUGUGCCAAUUUCAUUUAAGUGUCUUGAUGAAUCCGAGGAGGAAAGGAUGUUUAUCAGCAGGAGACUACAUAUAAUGGGAGAGAAGAAUUUAGUUGAAGAUCUCAUUUGUACUGGCUGCCAGCUAUGUGGCGCUCCUUUGAAUUUGGAGUUCAGGUCUAGUAUAAAGCAAGAGACCAUUCCACUCUAUUGUCAGAAAAGUUCUAAUCGGCUCCAUAUAGUGGGCUUGAUAUACAGACCCUUCAUGUUAUAUGUGUGGGACGAUUCAAAAUAUAUUCCACUUCUUGUUACAAAUAAGGCUGCUGAACUCUUGUUUGGAAACAUUAGGGCUGAGAUAGUACACUCUUGCCAUAGAAGGCAAAAUCACAGAGAGAACCAUGAUAUGGAUAGUGGUCACCAGGAUAAUGAUUCUUAUGCUCAGGCCACUUUGCAGUCAAAUGCUGCUGGGAGAGAUAUUUCCAAUUCUCGCUCAACAGGCACAGCUAAGGGAUUUAGACUGAAGGGAAAAAGACAAUUUGGUGAAAACUUGAACUUCUAUUUGAUUUGGGUGAUUUUGCUGAAAAUGUUGCUGCUACCAGGGAAGAACAGUCCUUUGAAGUUCAAAGUAAAAGUGAAUGCAACCAGAGAUUGGGAAAGUGGGAGGUGUGAAAUGGUCUCGGUAACAAUGCCAUGCUUUAGGACCAAUUUGUCCUCUGCCUAAGUUAACUUGGGGAAAUUUCGCAACUUCUUCCUAUGCUAUACUGAGGCCCGGAUCCUCCUUUUUCAUUUGCUUGUAAGGUUAAAUUUGCUUGUAAUAUGUAAAAUUGGUUACACUGGGUUUUUGAUGAUCCGC